UCGGACACACUUAGUGAUUUGUUUGGAGUAAGUGCCUUGUCUAAUGUUUGUUUUAUGUUUUUGAUACCUACAUUUGCUAUACACUAUAGCUGUCGGCAUACGUUUCAUUAUAGUUGUAUUAUAGGUCAAUUCUGACUAUACGUUCAACUCAUACUAAAGUAUUAUCAUUUACCUGUUAAUACUGGAAGAGUAUACUGUACAAGGCACUGUAAAUAUUGCUUAUGGUCCAUCAGCAGGGAGACUGGGCUGCAUUUAUUUAAACUUGGUGUCCUAUUUUCUGAAGAGUCAAGGCUCCCUAGUAGCAAGGGAGUUGAUGUGAUGCUGAAGGCGCUUUUUUCUUCGGAAAUGGAUCAGCUCUCCAACUCCUCCAAUGUGAAGACAAAUGGGACUAUUAGCAAAAACGGGACUGCUGACGAGAUUGAAAUGUUUACCGUGAUCAUCUGUUCGUUGUAUGCCUUCAUUUUCCUCGGUGGAUUGAUACUGAACACUUUGGCCGCCUGGAUUUUCUUUCAGUUAAAAAACAAGACAACUUUCAUAUUUUAUCUGAAAAACAUUGCCGUUGCAGACUUAAUUAUAACACUGACAUUUCCCUUUAAAAUACUCAGUGACUUAGGACUGGGACCCUGGGAAUUAAAGGCUUUUGUGUGCCGCUAUUCUGCAGUCAUAUUCUACUGUAACAUGUAUGUUAGCAUACUUUUCCUUGGACUGAUCAGCUUAGACAGAUAUCUAAAAAUUGUGAAGCCGUUCGGCGACUCCAGAAUGUACAAUGUUAAGUUCACAAAAUUUGUGUCUUUAGGAGUGUGGCUGUGCAUGAUCCUUAUUUCGAUGCCAAACGUGAUUUUUACAAAUGUAAGUCCAACCAUAGAAACAGCUGGCAACUGUUUAGCUCUAAAAAGCCACGUUGGUCUUGCGUGGCAUGGAGCGGUAAUCUAUGUGAACAUCUGCAUAUUUGCAGCUGUUUUCAUAGUAUUAACUGCAUGCUACAUUUCGAUCUCCAGGCACAUCUAUCGCUCGAAUAAACAGUUUGUAGGUUCUGAGAACGAAAGAAAGCACAAUCAAAAUAUAUUAAUAAUUCUACUUGUUUUUUUUAUUUGCUUUGUGCCGUAUCAUUUGUGGAGAAUACCGUUUACAUUAACUCAGAUAGCCCCAAAAUUCGAUAAGUACGGGACUUUAAUUUUGACACAGGGCAAAAUUGUUACUCUCUUUCUGUCUGCGUGCAACGUCUGCCUGGACCCAAUUAUAUACUUUCUGAUGUGCAAGUCCUUUACCCAAAUGCUGUGUAAAAAAAUGCAUAUUGGACAUAGUGUUACUUUCAAUGGGUCCACAUGCAGCGCCAAAGGAAUAAUCAAGGUGCGCAGAUUCCGAGAAUACACAUCCACAAGCAUUUAGUAACAAAACCCCUGAACACAUCAUUCUGCAUUUCCUGUUGGGGGCACACGGUGCUACGUUUCGACGUGUUCUUGUGUUAGUCAGAGUCUCGCCAAGGGCUGAAAUUAAUUGAAGCAUAACACCAAUUCAAAGAGCCGGAAGUAGAGUAGCUGCUUUGUGGAGCCGGAGCCUCUUCAUCGAUCAAAGCAGCUAACUACUGGAGGAGUGAAGCUCGAACUUGAGAUCUCCUGCAUGGAUUAAAUCAGUUAUUAACCCGACAGUCCAGGUUUUUGAUUUAACCAGGAAUGAAGCAGUCAGUUGAAACCUGCCCUUAUAUUAGCCCACACAGCCUCUGAAGUUUUAGAAAGCUUGCAGUACUGUAUUCCUGCAGUCAGAUAUCCCCACCCCUGUUAGUGGUGGAUACAGUAAUUCAAGCACACACUCAAUGCUGACCUUCAAAGAGGCCACAGUCACGUUCUGACAUGUGUUGCUAUUACACAUUGCUGUUUCAGUAGUACAGUCAUCUGCAUUAAAUAUGGUUCAGAGACGAGGCGAUGGCUAGCUUAUAAAGUAUAGCUUUGGCAGCACCAUUAAUGUUUGUUUAAAA